CUUUCCGCGCGCUGCACGCCUGAACCCCGCGGACCGGAUCGGCGGCGGCGGCGGCGGCGGCGGCCAAGCCCGGGAGGCGGAGGCGGGACGCGGGAGGCGGUGGCGGCGGCGGCAGUGCGCUGAGACGUAGCAGCGGCAGCAUGUCGGCCGGCGGAGCGGCAGUCCCGCCGCCCCCGAACCCUGCCGUGUCCUUCCCGGCGCCCCGGGUCACCCUGCCCGCUGGCCCCGACAUCCUAAGGACCUACUCGGGAGCUUUCGUCUGCCUGGAGAUUGUACUUGGGGGACUUGUCUGGAUUUUGGUUGCUUCCUCCAAUGUUCCUCUACCUCUGCUACAAGGAUGGGUCAUGUUUGUGUCUGUGACAGCUUUCUUCUUUUCGCUUCUCUUCCUGGGCUUGUUCCUCUCUGGUAUGGUGACUCAGAUUGAUGCCAACUGGAACUUCCUGGAUUUUGUCUACCAUUUCAUAGUCUUUGUCUUCUACUUCGGAGCAUUUUUACUGGAAGCAGCAGCCACCUCCCUGCAUGACCUGCAGUGCAACACAACCAUGACUGUGAAGCCACUACUGAAUGAUAACCAAUACAACAUCAACGUGGCCGCCACAGUUUUUACCUUUAUGACCACAGCUUGUUAUGGUUGCAGUUUGGGUCUGGCUUUGCGAAGGUGGCGACCGUAGCACUCCUUGGAAACGAACAGUAAUGUGCUGGUUUCAUUUGUCUGCUUUAUACGUCUGAGCACUUGGGUACCGUUUGUUCCAAUGUAACAUUCCAAACAUCGUUAGUUUAAUACAGAGAGAACAUCAGUGAAAGCUGGGGUUUCUUACAUGGAUGGGAUUUUCAUUUUAUUCUGAUAUUAGAGAGGUGUCAGUUCCUGCUUCAUCUCUCUUUUCUUUAAAUACACAGACACUGUUCACAAAACAAUAGUAUUCCUUUUCUUCCUUUCUUUCUUUCUUUUGUUUUGUUUUUGUUUUUGGUUGUCACCCAAACCUUAAUAAAAGUAAAUAACUAAAAUAAUA